CGUCUGUGACUUGAGGCUCGAGGCUCGUCGUGAUCGCUAGCACGUCGAAACAGCCUUUCCCUCUCGAAUACAGAUUGAACUGAAUCAACAACAUCUUCACCCUCUAGAGCUGAAUCAUGGAUUAUCUCAGUGAUCGGAGCGAUCCCGACAAUGACAUUGACAACAUUCCCCCGGAAGAAGAAUUUAUCGAUAGCACUGAUAGCACUGAUGGCGAGGAUGGUGACAAUGUUUCCGAUUGGGACAGAGGUCGAGUCAGUGAAGCCCAUAACACAAUUAUCCUGGAAAGGCAAGAGGAGUUACCCAGGUCUAUUGACAGCUUGUUCAAGAAGGGCCUUCUCGACAAGAAAGGAGAAAUGGGCAGUACCAUAUUACACCUGAUCACUGAAAGAUGGAGCAAAACCAACCGAUCUGGGAGCGAUCUGGCAGAACUCUUCAAGGCCGUGAUGGAAAAAUGUCCUAGACUGUUCCUUGAAAAAGAUGAUCUUGGCAAAAGCAUACUGAACAGAAGUAGCAUGCGAAAGAAGAAGAGCAAUUUUGCUCAGUUUUUCAUCUAUGAAUAUCCAGAUAAGACCGAAGAGCUUGUCCGAGAAGAUCCGGAUAUCCUGAAACUGAUGGUGGCUUCUUCAAUGGAACUAGAUAUCUGGAAAGCUCUCCUUGGACGUCUGGGGAAAUCUGCAGGGAAGUUGUUGUUGCGUUGCGACGAAGGAGGCAACACUUUUAUUCACAAUAUUCUGCGCAACAUAGACCAUGGUCCAUUCCAUGUGGCUCUCCCGCAUAUUAUCCUCGAGAUAAUCCGGGCCGCACCUGACUCCCUAAAAACGCUGAACGACGAAGGGAAGUCGUUAUAUGGUUGCUUUAUCGAAGGCAUGAACAAGAGAACGGAGUCGUCCGAGCUAAGAAUGAGAAAAGAAUCUGCACUUCCCGCGUCGCAUGAUUCGAGGACAAUGACAGAGAAGUCAUCUCGACUAUCGGAAAAGUAUUUUGAUGGUCCAAAGAUAUCGCCGACAGGAAAAAUAUUUGACAACCCAAAGAUGGAUAAUCCUCCAUCUCGACGACCGGAAAAAUAUUCGGAUGAUCCAAAGAUGAAUAUUUCUUCAUCCAGACUACUCCCUGAUCCAAAGGACAACGCUAAGUCUGCGGCCCAGACCUCCCAACCAGUGGUUCGGAAAAGGGCGAAAGAGCCAAAGCCCGAAGAAACGGAGGAACUCGUGAAUCAUAUAUUAGCAGAGGUCAAAGAAGUUCUCUUGAGAGAAAUGUACCGUGGUCUCGGAGAAAUGGAGAUUCACAGUCUUCUGCACCCAUACACAUCAGAAAUUGAUGUAGACCUUCUCGAACUCGAAAAAUCUCGAGAUCCCAUCCAAACUCUAAAGGGAAUUCUAGAACCACUGCCACUCGAACCAUUUCUACGAUCUGUACGACUGCCAUACUUUCGAACAGACUUAGCGGCAAGAACCGACAUCUAUUUCGAAAUUUUAGGCACACUGAACAGCCAUGGUGUCAGAAGAAUAAUGCGAUUGGAGGUAGAUGAAGCUAUUGAUUGUCCCAGCAGUGACGAUACAAUUACCAAAGCAGCCAGUGGCUUCCACAUUGAGGAGUGGGACUGGAGAAAAACUGACAUAGAUACCGGAGUUCUUUGCAAAGUCGCUCCCGAAGCUAGAAAGUUGUAUCUGUAUUCCAGCGGUAACUUCCCUGUGCUCAAGCACUGGUCAUCAGAUGAGGGUCUUGCCAUGUUCAAGAAUCUCGAGGAGGUUAGCCUUAUUGUGUUUUCGAAGAUCGAGACUCCACAGACAACAGAGGAUUGUGUCCGAGAGUUUAGGAUGAGGAUGGACAAGGCCUGUCCUAAGAUCGAAUUCAAGGUUCGACAUUUCAAGCCUAGCUUCGAAGGCUCGAGAUCAUGGUCAUGGCUAUUGCAAGGUGAUCAGGGGAGACUUAUUGAAACGGCUAAGGGACCAAAUCCAAAAACCUUGACAGAGAGAUUUGAGCGACUCACCCGGCAUCUGGAGCCUUGUUUCGAUAAACCAUCAAUUGAUGUCAAGGUGUCUAUCAUUGAUGACGGAAUAGACCCUGUAGAGAUCGGGAACAGAAUUGGUGGUGGUAUUUCAUUCGCCCACUAUCCUGGAGAACAUAGUCGACUCAAGCCAUACUAUUUCUCAUCUAAUGGGCGAGGAACCGCUUUGGCGCACAUCAUGCUGAGAUUAUGCGCCCAGUUGAAAUUCUAUGUUGCCAGGGUUGAUAUAGAGCAGAGAUCAUUGACUCCAAUAGUGCAAGUGAGUACCUACCAACCUCAAUGAUGUCUUCUGAUGUCUACGCUAAAAUACAUCGGCAGGCAAUAAACUGGGCGGCUGAAAGAGAUGUCGCUAUUAUAUUAUUAGGAUCGUCUCCAGAUUUGGAAGGGGGGUCUCAGGAACAAUUAAAGAAUUACGAAAAAGCGAUCGAUACAGCAAUGCGACGAGGCAUUCAAAUAUUCAUCCCUGUCGCGGACUUCCCAACUUCAAACCUCCGCACAUUCCGAAGAGAAGGCAUAAUAGAGAUUGCAGCAACAUCUCAUACGGGGGUACGGUCACAGAUGCUGGAGCCAGAUUUACCUUUCACGAUCCCCAUUGAUAUGCAGACGCUUGAUCAACUAUCUGAAGAUAGUAUGGCUACAGGGUUUGCAGCCGGAAUCGCCGCACUACUUCUGUGUUGCGUUCGAGCAU